AUGUCCACCGCGGCUGGAACUGGGCACAGUGGAGACGUUGCGACGACCGCAGACCUUGGCCCUGAUGCGAUGGCGGGCGGUGCGGAUGCCGCGAUGGCUGCGGCCGGCACUGCAGACCAGGCCCAGGCCGCGUUGGAGGUUGCACCGGAGACCUUCAAGAUGGCCCUCUACACGCCCCCUCAGGUGGCAAUGAUGGCGGUGGAUUAUGUUCACGCGACCACGGGAAUGCCUUACUGGAUGACCAUCGUAGCCAUCACCGUGGGGAUCAGGACAGCGAUCCUGCCGAUCGGACUUCUCGCUGCUAGGAAUGGGGCGAGGACGGCGGCGAUGAAACCGGAAAUGGAUGAACUCCAAGCGGCCAUCAAGGGAGAUCAGCAGUCGUCCCAACCAAGGAAAGCAGACCGCUAUCGGCAGGAGACGAAGGCCCUGUUCCAGAAGCACAAGGCUAGUCUCGUGAUGAACGCGGCGCUGCCCAUCGUCCAGCUGCCCCUCUUCAUUGGCUUCUUCCUUGGGCUUCGGAGAAUGCCGGAUGUGGUCCCUGAGUUUGCCACUGGCGGGGUUUUGUGGUUUCAGGACCUCGGUGCGCCCGACCCGUACAUGAUUUUCCCGGUCAUGACCGGGGUGAUGAUGAUGGCGAUGGCAGAACUUGGUGGCGAGGGGGGCGCUUUGGCCGGCAGUUCGGUCAAGAUGAAGGCGGGCAUGCGUGGGAUGGCGUUGCUGGUCACACCGUUGACCAUGUACGUGUCGACGGGCGUGUUUGUGUACUGGACGACGUCCAACUUUUACUCCAUCCUGCAGACUCUGGCCUUCAAGUCAUCUGGAAUCAAGAAGUUCUUCGACUUCCCCGACCUUCCACCCAACAAGCUGAAGAGCAACACGGCCGAGAAGGAAAUCGGCUGGUUGGACGUCCUCGGCGGUGAUCACCCCAUCAAGGAAUACAGAAAAAUGCAAGAUCAGCGGGAAGUGCAGGCCUGGUUCGUGGAAGGGGAGGGGGGGUGGACCCGCAAAGCGCACAACGCUGAACAGGGAGAAGGCGGCAACGUCGCACGCGAGGGGGCGCCAUUUCACGCGCCGCCCUCGAUGGCGGGCCCUGUGUCCGGAAAGGCGAAAACGCCGUCGUUUGCUUCUUCUGCCGCUGCGGGCACACCGAAAGUAGUUUUGCGGUCAGUGCGACCAAAGCCCGCGGGGGAUAGGGGUAAAACUGCGGCACGAGGGCCGAGAAAAAACAGGGGCUAA